GCCCAGCAUCCUUGUGAACUCUCAUCUACCAUUAUCAUGGUUGACAACGACCAGCCCGAUCUUUGCAAAGUUUCCAUCCUUGGAAGAGAGUGCAUUCAUUGUGGUUUCCACCUCAAGCGAUAUAUCGCCCAAACGGUUCUUACAAACUUGGCGUCAUCGACUUACGUGCUGAUCACGGACACUCAUGUCGCCAAGUUUCACUUGAGCGCGUUUCAAGCCGCUUUUGACGAGGAGCUUAAAUUGAUUUCGGACGACAAACGUCCUCGCUUCAUGAGCCACUUAGUAUCGCCUGGCGAGACUACGAAGUCAAGGGAAGGCAAAGCGGAGAUCGAGGAUUUCUUACUUGCAAAUGCAUGCACAAGAGAUACCGUUCUCCUGGCACUAGGUGGAGGUGUUGUGGGUGACCUAGUUGGUUUCGUAGCUGCAACGUUUAUGCGUGGGGUCCGUUUUGUGCAAAUUCCCACAACACUCCUUGCGAUGGUCGACUCAAGCGUUGGAGGCAAGACGGCAAUAGACACCCCUCGUGGAAAAAACCUCAUUGGUGCCUUCUGGCAGCCGGAGUAUAUCUUCAUAGACGCUGCCUUUCUCGAAACGUUGCCUUUGCGAGAGUUUUCGAACGGUAUGGCGGAAGUUAUAAAGACUGCUGCCAUCUGGGAUGAAAAUGAGUUUGCAACGUUGGAAUCACGAGCAGAGGACAUUACAUCCGCGGUACAGAUCGAGUCGGCAAUGAAUUUCUACGCAGGACGUACUGUGUCUACUCGCUCUGAGUCUCAGAGACUUUUGCUUUCGGUUAUUGUCGGGUCUAUUUCUGUCAAGGCCCACAUUGUAACCAUUGACGAGCGAGAGACUGGGCUCCGCAAUUUGGUCAACUUUGGACAUACGAUUGGACAUACUAUCGAAGCUGUCCUUACUCCAUCCAUUUUACAUGGAGAAUGUGUCAGUAUUGGUAUGCUUCUUGAAGCCGAAAUUGCUCGUCAGAUUGGAGUUCUUAACCAAGUCGCUGUCGGUCGGUUGACGCGAUGUUUGAAGGCGUACAAUCUGCCAGUAUCCGUUACGGAUGCCCGCAUUGCGUCACUUCCAGUGGCACGUCAGCUGACGGUAGACCGUCUUCUCGAUGUCAUGAAGGUGGACAAAAAAAAUGCCGGACCAGUGAAAAAAAUAGUCAUUCUUUCUCGGAUCGGCGCUACAUUUGAACCGAAGGCAUCGGCUGUGUCAGACCAAAGGAUUCGAAAGGUACUUUCAGAAGGUAUAACAAUCAUCCCCAGCGUCCCACGGCACAGUCCAAUCAGAAUGGCAACUCCCGGUAGCAAGAGCAUUUCCAACCGUGCAUUGGUCCUUGCAGCGUUGGGUGAAGGAAUGUGUAGGCUGAAGAAUCUUCUUCACUCCGAUGAUACGCAAGUCAUGAUGCAAGCUCUUGCAGAUCUUCAGGGAGCCACUUUUUCAUGGGAGGACAACGGCGACACUCUCGUUGUUCAAGGCGGUGGCGGAUCUUUGGCUGUUCCCCCAGCUGGAAAAGAGAUAUAUCUUCAGAAUGCUGGCACGGCAGCUCGCUUCUUAACCACAGUGUGCACUCUCGUCAAGUCCGACAGACAGGGCUUAGUCACUGUUAUUACCGGAAACGCACGGAUGAAGCAACGUCCUUGUGGUCCACUUGUCGAUGCCCUCAGGGCGAGCGGUAAUCCCAUCGAAUAUCGGGAGCAUAUAGGCUCGUUGCCGUUGUCAAUUUCUGCGACACCUUCUGGCAUGCGAGGGGGCCACAUUCGGUUGGCGGCGAGCAUUUCGAGUCAAUACGUGUCUUCCAUAUUGCUAUGUGCUCCAUAUGCCUCCGCCCCCGUUGUCUUAGAGCUUGUCGGUGGCCAGGUCAUCUCGCAGCCAUACAUCGAUAUGACCAUUGGCGUCAUGAAGUCGUUCGGCAUCACCGUAACUCGCGAUGUAGACGCAGCAGGCAAGAAAUUAGACGUAUACAGGAUUCCUGGCGGGCAUUAUCGCAACCCAUCCGAAUUCACCAUUGAGUCUGAUGCGAGCAGUGCAACUUAUCCUCUGGCGAUUGCAGCCAUCACAGGCACUACAUGUACCAUUACCGGAAUUGGGACUACGUCAUUGCAAGGCGAUGCAGGCUUUGCUAAAGGUGUCUUGGAACCAAUGGGCUGCAAGGUGGUGCAAACCGACACAGAAACGACUGUGACGGGGCCACCUAUCGGUCAAUUGCGGGCAAUUGGAUACGUUGAUAUGGAGCCUAUGACCGACGCUUUUCUAACAGCAUCUGUGCUGGCGGCGGUCGCUAACCGAUCGCCACUUCAGGGAAGAGCACUGGUCGAUGCCCCACUAAACACUACACGAAUUCUAGGCAUUGCAAAUCAAAGGGUGAAGGAGUGCAAUAGAAUCAAGGCCAUGAUCGACGAGCUGUCAAAGUUCGGAGUGCGUACUAGAGAACUUGAUGACGGCUUGGAGAUCUACGGUACUCCGAUCAGUCAGCUAACUCGCGGAGCGAGCAUAUGCUGCUACGAUGACCAUCGCGUUGCGAUGGCAUUCAGCGUCCUUGCAACUGUUAUAGAAGGCACUAUUCUUGAAGAAAAGCGCUGCGUAGCCAAAACAUGGCCCAGUUGGUGGGACGACUUAGAGAACAAGAUCGGCUUAUCGACCCAAGGUGUGGAGUUUCAGGCAGCCGCGUCACCUUCUAAGUCUCGUCGUCAUGACCCGAAUGCCUCUGUCUUUCUGACUGGCAUGAGAGGUGCUGGGAAAUCCUUCAUCGGCACACUGGCAGCUGCCGCCCUCGGGUGGGAAUUCACAGAUGCUGACACCGUGUUCGAAGCCAGGCAUAACAUGCUCGUCUCGGAGUUCGUUAGAAACAAUGGCUGGGCAGCAUUCCGAGAAGCCGAACACUCAAUAUUGAAAGAGCUGCUGCAAACGAAGAAAAAGAAACACAUCAUCAGUCUCGGAGGCGGUAUUGUUGAAACACCUGCAGCUCGUGGAGCACUGAAGGACUACGCGGAAACUUGUGGCCCUGUGGUCUACAUAGUACGAGCGAUCGAAGAGAUCGUUGAAUACCUAGGAACGGAGACCUCAAGGCCAGCGUAUGGGGAAGCUAUAGAAGAAGUCUUCCUCCGGAGGCAACCUUGGUAUGCCGAAAUGUCUAGCCACGAAUUCGUCAGUUCUACUAGGGCAUUGCAAGAGUCGGUCAAGUUCUCGGAAGCCGAAAGCAAUGGUGGCAGAAUUGAUGUUGCCCAUGAACACACCAUUCGAUGCUGUCCUACCGGUAUAGAAGGGGAGGUGAAACGGUAUUUCGAGCAUAUCACCGGCAUUUGCCCCAACUUGGCGCCGAACAUACAGCUCGGAAAACGCUCCUACUUCUUGUCACUUACAUUCCCUGAUAUUAGGCUUGCCCUUCCACUGCUCGAUCGCCUCAGUGUGGGCGUGGACGCUCUGGAACUACGUGUUGAUCUCUUAUCUCCUACAGGAUCUCCGGUCGAGCGCCCAAGCGUGCCGCCGAGCACGUAUGUCGCAACACAAAUUGCCGCACUGCGACAGAGGACCACCCUGCCGAUUGUCUUCACUGUGCGAACCGCUUCUCAAGGCGGACAAUUCCCUGAUACUGCCCAGCAAGAAGCAGUCAAGUUGUUUGAGCUCGCAUUACGACUCGGCUGCGAAUAUCUUGAUGUCGAGAUAUCAUGGUCGGAGGAGCAGAUACGCCAUAUCAUAUCGCAAAAGGGACAUUCCCACUUGAUAGCCUCAUGGCACGACUGGACCGGGGCGAUGAAGUGGCUUAGCCCUGAAGUGAGACAAAAAUACAACCUUGCAUAUGAACUGGGCGAUAUCAUCAAAUUGGUGGGCACUGCUAGGGACCAGGCAGAUAAUCUCGACCUACAACUUUUUGUGCGAUCUAUCGCGGCAGGUCGCAAGCCGAUGUUAGCAAUUAACAUGGGGGAGAAGGGCAAGCUUUCGCGCAUCCUGAAUUUUGUUUUCAGUCCUGUCACCCAUCCACUUCUACCAUCGAGGGCCGCGCCGGGACAACUCACCUUUCCAGAAAUCCAGCGAGCACUCCACUUAAUUGGACACCUUCCGAAGGAGCAAUUCUACCUAUUUGGUACACCAAUCAGCCAUUCCAUGUCACCUACUUUGCAUAACACUGCUUUCAGUGCUCUUGGUCUCCCUCAUCGCUACGACCUUCUGGAGACUGAUUUUGUUGACAACCGAAUCACGGCAGCCGUCGCUGCACCCAACUUCGGAGGCGCAUCGGUUACAAUCCCCCACAAGGUGGCCAUCAUAUCACAACUGGAUUGCCUCUCGGAGGAGGCACAGGUCAUUGGGGCCGUAAAUACGAUUAUUCCAAUCCGCCGUCCCGACGGUAUUCGGGAGCUGCUGGGUGACAAUACCGACUGGGCGGCUAUGCACUGCAUCAUCAUUAAUAAUCUGAAAAAUGUGUCUCCUGGUGGGGCACGAGGUCUGGUGAUAGGAGCAGGGGGAGCCUCCCGAGCUGCAGUAUACGCGCUUCAUCGGGCUGGCAUCGGUGCUAUCGAUCUAUUCAAUCGCACCCGGUCGUCUGCGGAGGCGUUGGCUUCGUCCUUCCCUGACGACUACAACAUACGAAUUAUGGAGAGCUUGGAAGGCUUGGGCAACAGCCCACCAUCCGUCAUCAUCUCCACAGUUCCCGCAUCAGUUACAACCACCGAUCCCACUGUCAAAGAUGCUCUCCAAUUACCAGCCUCCAUGUUCACUUUGUCCCAGGGAGUCGUGAUCGAUAUGGCAUAUAAGCCUUCAUUGACGCCUUUGCUGAAUCUCGCGAGAAGCGUUAAUCCUUCCUGGACUCCCAUCACUGGACUGGCCGUUUUGUUGGAGCAGGGUUAUCGACAAUUCGAGCUGUGGACAGGGAGGCGCCCACCUCGCUCCCUUAUAGAGAAAGAGGUGCUGGCUAAGUACACAUCGUAGGAACGUGCUGUAUGACAGAGCUAUCCUCCCCUCGCAAUGUGAUGAGAUUGACCCUGUCCCCAUUUGGGUUCAUACAGAUGUCGUGACUGGCUUCGUCUGCUUCUCUACUAAUCGCCUUCGUGCAGCUAGAAUCAUCUGGUUUUUCCUUUCUGUUAGACUAGCUUGCCUCUGCUGAGGUGUUGCCUCCCAAGCCGCCUUGGUGUCAGGAGGCUGGACGGUUGUGGACACCCCAUCAUCCCCAAUCCUAUCCUCUAAGCGGAAACGGCUGAUCAGACUUGCGGCCUUGGGUGCAGAUAGUGGAGUAUCCGCUGGCCGAGAAGUUGCAGCAUGUGUGGAAGCCGGCCGAGCGGGUGUUUCUCUCACGUAUGAUGCGGGCGGCACCGGCAAAAAUCCUUUCUCCAACACAGAGUUUACUGUUCUUUCAGUGCUGCCUGUCCGAAGUAAGUCAUAUCGUAUGUUGUCCUCUGGGAUGUCCGGGAACAUGGUGGCAACAAUUUGUACCAUCUCUGGUGUUAUUCUGCGAGGACGGAAGCCCAGAGUAGCAGCGCUAUUAACUCCGCUGGCUGGGGUGACCCCUGAGUUUGGCGUGCCACUGCUUGGAUAGAAUAGCCAACGAUACGAGACGUAAAUAAUGAUAACUGCCACAAUGAUAUAGAAUAUGUCUUCCAUGUUAGUGGG